UCAUCCCACCUUCGACAGAAUAUGUAUUUCAACCAAAGUGAUUACAUUUAUUGUAAAUUGCAUUAUAAUUUCAUGCUAUUAUUUUCAUGUGUACGCUAACAUCAAUUGCAGCGUCAUAUCGGUUACGGUAUUCUUCUAUCGUGUGAUUGAUCGCUCGUUGUCGCGUUGUUCUGGUGCAUCAGUGAUUGAUCGCUCAUGUUGCGCGUGUGUACGUGCCAGCUGGAUGAACUGAGCGCGAGCAACUUUCAGAUGGAUGUUUGGGAAUUUGAAAGUGUUGGAUUCUGUAACGCCUCUUUUCAGCACCUUGGUUAGUUCCUGUGAGGAGAAACUCGGACCCUAUGGCAAAGACACGGAAAAAUACCAGCUAGGCUAUGUUUUAUUCUUAACCUAUUACCGUGUGAGUUAGGCGCUUAUUUUGAACGGCGAGGUCUCUGGACUGGACUGGAAAUCAUCUUAUGAGGUCGCGGUUUUGGGAACAACUGGAAUUUCAAGAUGAUGAUCACGCGCUACAGACCGAGACCCGAUACCACCAUGUCCUUGGCAUUCUGCGGAAACGACAACAACUCGGCCGCGUACAAUGUGGAUGCCGGUGUCCUCAACAAUGGCUGCUUCCUGGAUGCCCUCACAGUGGUGCCACACGUCUUCCUGCUCUUCAUCACUUUUCCUAUCCUCUUCAUCGGUUGGGGGAGUCAGAGUUCCAAGGUGCACAUCCAUCACAGCACUUGGCUGCACUUCCCCGGACACAACCUCCGCUGGAUCCUCACCUUCAUCCUGCUCUUCAUCAUCGUCUGCGAAAUAGCCGAGGGCAUCGUGUCCGACGGGUUUAAUCAGUCGGUCCACCUGCACCUCUAUAUGCCAUCAUGUUUGGCCUUCAUGGCUGCCAUCACGUCAAUCGUCUUCUACCACAACAUAGAGACCUCCAACUUCCCCAAACUACUGAUGACUCUGCUCAUUUACUGGGUUCUGGCGUUUGUCUCUAAAACAAUCAAGUUUGCCAAGUACACAGAGCACGGCAUCGGCCUGAGACAGCUACGCUUCGGGAUCACAGGCUUACUGACGAUGCUAUAUGGUCUGCUGUUGGCCGUGGAGAUCAACGUCAUCCUGAAGAGGCGAUAUAUGUGUUUUGCACACCCCACUGAAGUGAAGCCCCCAGAGGAUUUACAGGACCUGGGGGUUCGAUUCCUGCAGCCGUUCGUGAACCUGCUGUCCAAAAGCACAUACUGGUGGAUGAACACCUUCAUCACUGCAGCACACAGACGCCCCAUCGAUCUGAAGGUCAUUGGCAAGCUACCAAUUGCUAUGAGAGCUCUAACUAACUACCUGAAGCUCCGCGAGGCCUUUGAAGCCCAGAAGAGGCCUCAAGGCAUUCAGCCACAGGGGCCCAAGUGGAUCUGGACGGCUCUACGACAGGCUUUUGGAAAACCUCUCCUCCUCAGCAUCACCUACCGUUUCAUGGCAGACCUGCUUGGCUUUGCUGGGCCGCUCUGCAUCUCCGGCAUUGUGCACCAUCUCAGUAAAGAAAACCACACCAUUCAGCCACCGGUGAAGCAUCUUGGAAUCUACUUCAUCUCCUCCCAGGAGUUUCUCGCUAAUGCUUAUGUCCUCGCUGUGCUACUGUUCUUCGCUCUGCUCCUCCAGAGGACUUUUCUCCAGGCCUCCUACUAUGUUGCCAUCGAGACUGGAAUCAACCUGAGAGGAGCCAUUCAGACAAAGAUCUUCAAUAAAAUAAUGCGUCUCUGCACCUCCAACAUGUCCAUGGGGGGAAUGACAGUGGGCCAGAUCUGCAACCUUGUUGCUAUAGACACCAAUCAGCUGAUGUGGUUCUUCUUCCUGUGUCCCAACCUGUUCGCAAUGCCAGUUCAGAUCAUAGUGGGAGUCAUCCUCCUUUACUACCUCCUGGGAAUAAGUGCCUUGAUAGGGGCCACGGUCAUCACCCUCCUGGCUCCGGUGCAGUACUUUGUGGCGACCAAGUUAUCAGAUGCACAAAAAAGCACAUUGGAAUAUUCCAGCGAGCGGCUGAAGAAGACCAAUGAAUUGCUGCGGGGUAUCAAACUCUUGAAGCUGUACGCCUGGGAGCACAUCUUCUGCUCGAGCGUGGAGGAGACCCGGGGCAAAGAGCUCACCAGCCUGCAGACCUUUGCCCUCUACACCUCCAUAUCCAUAUUCAUGAACACAGCUAUUCCCAUCGCAGCAGUUCUCGUUACGUUCGUGGCUCAUGUUCAUCUGUCGGAUGAUGCAGAUCUGUCCCCCGCUGUGGCCUUCGCCUCUCUCUCGCUCUUCCACAUCCUGGUCACUCCUCUCUUUCUGCUCUCCAGUGUCGUCCGCUCCACCGUCAAAGCCCUGGUCAGUGUUCAGAAGCUCAGCGAGUUUUUCUCCUGUGACGAGAUUGGAGGUGAACAGGAGCCCAGAGCGACUGUCCUGCCCAAUUCAAGCAAUCACAACAAGUAUCAAGCCCUGCCUCUGAAGGUGGUGAACCGCAAGCGACCCGUCAGAGACGACUGGAACAGCUUCGCCCUUCAGAGCGAGCAGGAGGAUGAGCCGCUGGCAGUGGAGGAUGAAGAUAUCUGCAUCAAGAUCACAAAUGGAUAUUUCAGCUGGACUGAUGGAACCCCAACCUUGUCCAAUGUGAAUAUUAAGAUUCCUUUUGGUCAGUUAACUGUGAUAGUGGGCCAGGUGGGUUGUGGGAAAUCAUCUCUGUUGUUGGCUGCACUGGGUGAAAUGCAGAAGAUCUCUGGCACUGUUAUAUGGAACAGACUGCCCACUCUGGAUGAUAAAGGAAAUGAAAGCCCCACAGAUGCAGCUGCAGAUGGGGAUAUCAGGAAAAGAGGUGCUGUGGCAUAUGCUUCCCAGAAGCCCUGGCUCCUAAACACCACUCUAGCGGAGAACAUCACUUUUGAGAUGCCUUUAAUAAAGCAAAGGUACAGAGUGGUAAUUGAAGCAUGUUCUCUCCAGCCGGACAUUGACAUCCUGCCACAGGGGGACCAGACGGAGAUCGGAGAGCGGGGCAUUAUUCUUUCUGGAGGCCAGAGGCAACGAAUCGGUGUCGCUCGAGCUCUUUAUCAAGCCACCAAUGUGGUGUUCCUGGAUGAUCCAUUCUCAGCGCUGGACAUUCACCUGGGUGAUCACCUGAUGCAGGAGGGCAUUCUUAAACUACUGAGGGAGGAGAAGAGGACGGUGGUGCUCGUGACACACAAACUACAGUAUCUCCCACAUGCAGAUUGGAUCAUUGCAAUGAAGGAUGGCAGCAUACAGACAGAAGGGACGUUAAAGGACAUCCAAAAUUCUCAGCCUGAGCUCUUCGAGCAGUGGAAGACUCUAAUGCACAGACAAGACAAAGAAUUUGAGAAGGAGACAGUAGAUGAGAAUAUGACGGUGCUGGAAAGAAAAAACUUGAGGCGAGCCAUGUACUCCAGAGAGGCUUUAAAGACUGAGGAGGAAGAGGAAGAACAGUCUGUGGAGAGCGAUGAAGAAGAUAACCUGUCUCGAGUGAUGAGGCACAGAGCCACCAUCCCAUGGAGAUCCUGUGGGACGUACCUGAGCUCAGCAGGCCUUCUGCUGCUUCUCCUGCUCCUGCUGUCCCAGCUCCUCAAACACUCUCUUUUGGUGGCCAUCGACUACUGGCUCGCUCACUGGACGUCCAAAGUCAUCACAGCCAAAAUCGAUGCAGCUGCACACAACUGCUCCCUAGUGCAGGACAUUGGUUUCAGUCACUCGUCAUACCUGCUGGUGUUCAGUCUGCUGUGCUGUCUGGGUAUCGUACUCUGUCUGGUCACAUCAGUGGCUGUGGAGUGGACAGGCCUGCGGGUGGCCAAAGAACUCCACCACAGUCUGCUCAAUAAUAUUAUCCUUGCCCCAAUGAGGUUCUUUGAAACAACUCCUUUAGCAAGCAUAUUAAACCGCUUCUCUUCUGAUACCAAUACGAUAGAUCAGCACAUUCCCGCCACUCUGGAGUGUUUGAGUCGCUCCACGCUGCUGUGUGUAUCAGCUCUGGGUGUGAUCUCAUACGUCACACCGGUUUUUCUCAUCGUAGUCGUACCGCUGGCCAUCGCCUGCUACUUCAUCCAGAAAUACUUCAGAGUCGCAUCAAAAGAUCUCCAGCAGCUGGAAGACAGCACACAGCUUCCUCUGCUCUCACACUUCUCUGAGACAGUAGAGGGGCUCACAACCAUAAGAGCGUUCAGGUGCGCAGAACAACGUUCAUCUGUUGAUGGUGUCACUCUGGUUGGAAUCUGUGGUAGAACAGGAAGUGGCAAGUCGUCUUUCUCAUUAGCCUUUUUCCGGAUGGUGGACACAUUUGAAGGGCGAAUAAUCAUCGAUGACAUCGAUAUAGCAAAGCUGCCUCUUCAGACGCUGAGGUCGCGCUUCUCUAUUAUUCUGCAAGAUCCCUUCUUAUUCAGCGGAACCAUCCGUUUUAAUCUAGAUCCAGAGAUGAAGGCUACAGACAGCAUGCUGUGGGAGGCGUUAGAAAUCGCACAACUCAAACCAGUAGUUAAAACCCUGCCUGGAGGACUAGAUGCCAUAAUAACUGAAGGUGGGGAGAACUUCAGCCAGGGGCAGCGUCAGCUCUUCUGUCUGGCGCGCGCAUUCGUGCGGAAGAGCAGUAUUCUGAUUAUGGACGAGGCCACUGCUUCUAUAGACAUGGCUACGGAGAGCAUUCUGCAAAAAGUUGUGAUGACUGCCUUCGCCAACAGAACUGUGGUCACCAUCGCUCAUCGUGUGCACACCAUCCUGAAUGCAGACCUGGUGAUUGUGAUGAAGAGAGGAGUCAUUCUGGAGUUUGAUAAACCAGAGGUUCUCCUCAAUCAAGAGGACAGUGUGUUUGCGUCAUUCGUGAGAGCCGACAAAUAAACCCGAGACCCUUGACUGAAACUGCAAUU